AUGUGGCGCCCGGCGGCUUUGCUCCUCUCGGGGAUCUUGGCGUUGAUCCAGGUGUCUUCAGGGGGUCCUCACCAGAGAAACCUGCUGAAGAGCCUGCUGAAGGACUACAACCGUAUGGAGCGCCCCGUCGGCAACGACUCGCACCCGCUCACCGUCACCUUCUCGCUCAGUUUGAUCCAGAUCAUGGACGUGGAUGAGAAGAACCAGGUGCUGACCUCCAACAUGUGGCUGCGGAUGAGCUGGUUCGACCACUAUCUCCAGUGGAACCAGAGCGAACAUCCCGGAGUGAAAAACCUUCGCUUCACCACCGACCAAAUAUGGACGCCGGAUAUUCUUCUAUACAACAGCGCAGAUGACGACUUUGACUCCACCUUUAAGACCAACGUUCUGGUCAACUCCAGCGGAUAUGCUGAAUAUUUGCCUCCAGGCAUCUUCAUGAGCACGUGCAACGUGGACGUGCGCUGGUUCCCCUUCGACAUCCAAAAAUGCGUCCUCAAGUUCGGCUCGUGGACGUACGACGGCUGGCUGUUGGACCUCCAGAUGAACGACGCCGACGUCUCGGGCUACAUGCCCAACGGCGAGUGGGACCUCAUCGGGGUGCCCGGCGCCCGCAACGUGGUUUUCUACGACUGCUGUAAGGAGCCGUACCCGGACGUGACCUUCAUGGUGACCAUACGGCGAAGGACGCUCUACUACGCCCUCAACCUGCUCAUCCCAUGCAUGCUGCUGUCCUCCAUGACGCUUCUUAUCUUCGUGCUGCCCGCCGACUCAGGGGAGAAGAUCUCGCUGGGCAUCACCGUCUUGCUGUCGCUGACUGUUUUUAUGCUGCUGGUGGCUGAGAUCAUGCCGGCUACGUCUGACUCGGUGCCGCUCAUAGGUCAGUACUUUGCCAGCAUUAUGAUCAUCGUGGGGAUGUCCGUCAUCGCCACCGUGGUGGUCCUGCAGUACCACCACCAUGAUCCUAACGGAGGGAAUAUGCCAAAAUGGGUGAAGCUUGUUCUUCUCCAAUGGGUGGCGUGGUUCCUGCGGAUGAAGCGACCCGGCGAGGCGGAAAAGCCCCGGAGGCCCGCGUGCGCCCCCCACCUCCGCCGUUGCUCCUCAGGGUCGCACAGCGGGAGCAUUGCCAACCACUGCGACCCGGCCGCGCACACUCACAAUCUGCCCUCUCUCCACCAACCUCACCUCCACGUCCAAUCCAGCUCCAACAACGGCAACUUGCUCUACUUCCAGCCGAUGGAGGAUCCGCCGCUGUUGUCCGAUCCGACCCAGAGGGGCAAUACCAUCCCGGCGGGGCAUCGCAGUCCACCCCCACACCUCUGCGGAUCCCCGCUGCCUCCCGCGCCCAACCUGGAUACCCUAGGAUGCCCCAGCACUGUCUCCAGCGGAGAUGGCUUUGGAGUUGGCAUGAGCAGCGGAGCAUGCCAGGUUAUGGGUCAUGGCGACCCGCUACUUCAAGCCAUCCUGGAGGAAGUGCGCUACAUGGCGGAUCGGUUCCGCGAGCAGGACAAAGCGGAGCGCGUGGCCGACCAGUGGAAGUUUGCGGGUGCCGUCAUCGACCGUCUGUGCCUCGUAGCCUUCAGCGUCUUCAACAUCAUCUGCACCAUCUCCAUCCUCAUGUCAGCGCCCAAUUUUGCCGACGCCAUUUCCAAGGAUUUUAUCUGAAAAGAACAAAGCAGAUGAGGGGCUGUUAAGGUAUCAAGCGGGCUCGGAUCCAGCGGGAGUCCAGGAGACAAAAGAAAAUGCGGCUUUCUUUGCCGACCGACCGAACUCGAUGAAUAAAACACAAAGGGGGAGUCGAAGAUUUUCGGGAUAAAUCAGAGCUGCAACAAGCGAACAGUGUCCGGGUGAAAUGGAAGAGAAAGUAGAGCAGAAAAGGAAACAAGAGGGAAAGGCCUCAACGUUUGGUAGAAAUGGCGGAACGAGGGGGACAGGCCGAACGGGUCGAGGGAAUCCCCGCUGUAAAAAGUGCCAACUUUAUUUAGACCCUAACACGGAAUGUCGAGACUAAAAUAGACUUAGCAGGUCUCCGUGUGAAAGAAGCUCUAGUGUGAGGAAAGAAAUUCCUCGGAGGAAAACGACAAGGACAUUUUUUUUUUUUUAAAGAACAGAACGUGGUGCUCAUCCAUUAUUCAAAGGUCAGCGUCUAAUAGCAGUCGAAUUAAAAAGUCCUCCCGUCGUCUUUAAGACGUGACUGAUCGGCCAUGAAAAGAUGACCUGGGCACUUUACAUUUCCAAGGGCCUCAUUAUCCCCCGCAGCUUACACACCUCCUCCCCAAAAUGAAUUAAAGCGAUAAAUGGGUCCAGAAUCAAUCGAGAGGAGCGACGUCAACAAGGUUUGUCAUACACAAAGCAAAAAGCUCAAUCAAUAGGAAAGAUUUCUGUGGUACAUUUGCUAAUCUGUAUCUAAUGGAAAUGAAGACGCACCAACACAGCCUCAGGAGAUCCAAUAAUAGAGUCACAGUGAAACUGCCGGCUAUUGAUAUUUGAAUUAGCAUUGGUUUGAUCCUCUGCCCAGCCAUUUUGUACUUAUGUAGCCGAUUGAUGUCAUCCUUAAAAAAGCUUUGCUGUAGUUCCUUUCCAGUGUUCAGAAAACCAGCAUCUUCGUGUUUUUAUCAUGAUGAAAAUAAAAAA